AAUACAUUAUUCAGGUAAAUUCGAAAAGGAUGUAUAUGAGUAUGAAAAUGUGGAGGGUAUGACCGCGAAAAACAAUUUCUGUUUUUAUUAAUACCAGCGUUUGUCAUGAAGGUGAAAGUUUGCUUUUUGUCAAUGUUAAUUAAACCAUUACUUGACUUGUACUUAUAUUGAUGGUAUGAGAGAAUACACAUCAGGCAACACAAUUCAGAGGCAGCAUACCAGAACAAACAUCGGUGUAUUGAUUACAAGUUGUGUUUAAUUGGAAAAUGACGAACGAGAAAACCAUCAAUAGUUCUGGCUGUUCAAAUUUCAAUGAAUCCAUCUCCAGUUAACUGUUCUUGGUACAACAAAUCGAAUGUCGUCCAUAUAUAUACAUGUGUCAGGGAACAGUUAGCUGAAAAAAGAGAUUUGAUUCACAGUGAGGAAUGUCAUCGCCAGUUUUUCAUUCCUUGGUUUGCCUAAUAGUUUUGGGACACAUACAAAACGAGAUUUUCAUUGUAACAGCAAAUAUAACAACAGAAAAUGAUGAGCUAACAAACCAAGAAUCUACUGUACCGAUCACCAGUCCACGAUCUGAACCAUGGAUAACAUUUACAACUUCGUCUCCAGUAACAAACACAGAAGGAUCAUUUUCCUCGGACGCAACGACUGAAAGCAAAACGUCUCCUGAGACUGAACCCGAAGUUACAUCAUCUCCAGAGACCGAACCCGAAGUUACAUCAUCUCCAGAGACUGAAUCAGAAGUAACAUCUCCUGGGACUGAAUCAGAAGUAACAUCUCCUGAGACUGAACCACAAGUAACAUCAUCUCCCGAGACUGAACCAGAGUUUACCGCGUCAACUGAGACGGAACCAGAAGUAACAUCGUCUCUCGAAUCUGAACCAGAAGUUACCUCGUCACCUGAGACUGAACCAGAAGUAACAUCGUCUCCAGAGACUGAACCCGAAAUAACAUCGUCUCCUGAGAUUGAACCAGAGGUUACCGCGUCACAUGAGACUGAACCAGAAGUAACAUCGUCUCCAGAGACUGAACCCGAAAUAACAUCAUCUCCUGAGAUUGAACCAGAGGUUACCGCGUCACAUGAGACUGAACCAGAAGUAACAUCGUCUCCAGAGACUGAACCCGAAAUAACAUCAUCUCCUGAGACUGAACCAGAAGUUACAUCCUCUCCAGAGACUGAACCAGAAGUUACAUUGUCUCCAGAGUCUGAACCAGAAGUAACAUCUCCUGAGACUAAACCCGAAGUUACAUCAAUCCCUGAGACUGAACCAGAAGUUACAUCCUCUCCAGAGACUGAACCAGAAGUUACAUUGUCUCCAGAGUCUGAACCAGAAGUAACAUCUCCUGAGACUGAACCCGAAGUAACAUCAAUCCCUGAGACUGAACCAGAAGUUACAUCGCCUUCAGAGACUGAACCAGAAGUUACAUCGUCUCCUGAGACUGAGCCCGAAGUUACAUCAUCUCCAGAGACUGAACCAGAAGGUACAUUGUCUCCCGAGUCUGAACCAGAAGUAACGUCUCCUGAGUCUGAACCAGAAGUUACAUCGUCACCCGAGUCUGAACCAGAAGUUACAUCAUCUCCAGAGACAGAACCAGAAGUUACAUCGUCACCCGAAUCGGAAAUCUUGUUUGCAGAGCCUGCUGAAUCUGAACCUGAAUCAGAAAUCAAUUCAAAUUUAGAAAUCACUUCGGAACCGGAAUCGAUGGCUGCAGAACCCGAAAUUCGUCCAUCACCUUUGGAAAUAAUUUUGCCACCAUUUGCCCUGAUUUUUGUGAUUGGAAUAGCUGGAUUGGUCCUUCUACUCAAUUCUCACUGUAAACGCAUUAUGCUGCUGUUUAAUUUUAAAAGGCGACCAACUUGCAAAGAAGAGAAGACAAGCUCAACUGUAAAGCUUUUCGAUAUAGACAACGAGCCGUCUCCAGAAUACACGGAGUUUGAUAACUUCUACAGUGCUUUUGACAAAGAAGUUAUCGAAAGUCUGAGUACAGCGCAUAACCGCCCUCUGGAUUUGUUCAUCAUUGCUCUACCAGCAAUAACGUCUCUGGCACUUUGCCCUUUGACCUUAUAUCUCUACGUUCCAUUGGUGAACUUUUUAUGGCCACCGGAAGAAUUCGCUGCAGCCCCGGACAUCAAUGACGCCGUCGCAUGCUUUCUCGCUCCCGCCGGUUUGGUGUAUGCAACCUCUUUUGGUUUUGCUUUUCAGCAAGCGUUGUCAAAACAGCAUCACAUUCUAGAAAAAGUGACAAGUGAAAUUAGCAUGGUGGAUCAAAUUGCUACGUUUUCGACAAAGAUGACUCUUUCUUGCUCGUCCAUCCGCCGGCACAUUUACAAAGCAGUGAAAGCAGAAGCAAUUUUCAUGAUCCUGCAACUGUUAGAUCGUGAGCCAUCUUCGUACAAAAAUAAACCUACGGAGGAUAUAAAGGUUAAGAUCUGGAGUAUAGUGGACCUCCUCAGACAAGUGGACACUGGAGCCAAGCAACACGUGAACAGGGUGUUGUGUGACAAGAUCCUGUCUCACAUUAUGAAGCUGAACAGCAUCUGUUCAGAUAGGAUCGGCGUCUUACACACAAAAAUACACCCAGUAAAGUGGCUAUUCCUUGAAUCACUAGGUUUCUUCUCUUUCAUCGGUAUUUUGUUGCUGCGGGCCUACUCUUACCGGAUGGAACUGGUCAUGUGCAUCAUCACCGUCUUCUCCAUCAGCAUGCUGUGUUACGUUGUCUCAGACCUGGACUCCCCUUUCAGUGGAUUCUUCCGGGUGGAUCUAUCCGUACUCUCGUUUGUUCUCCAAAAGCUCGAGAGUAUGUACCUGGAAUCACUAAUGGAAGAGGUGGAAAGUACUCUGUCUGGAGGGAUUGUAAAGGUGACAGAGAUUCCCUCAGAGAAACCCGGGAUUAAAAAAAUGAAUGAUAUGAAGAGAAAGGUCUGGUACAAAGAAAAAAGCUUCGUUUGACUUUUGCAUCUGUCAUCUACUUUGUAGAAUAUGAUUCUUUUUUUAUGGUAUACCUUUAUUGAAUACGCUAGUACGUCGUCAUUUGGCCAAGAGAAACGAAAUAUCAUGAGUAAUAUGAUAUCGAAGUUUUCCCUACUUUACCAAAAAAAAAAUCGGGCUAAAGGUACCAAGCAGGUUUAGUAAAAUUUGAACUUACUGCAUGGAUGGGUGUAUAAAUAUUCACAAUUAAGACUAAGUUGUCGUUUAUUGGGUGUACUUACAUUCACCUAGUAAAUUCAAAAUUCAAUAUCUAUCAAAAGUAGGUACUAAAACACAAUUUAAGUACAGGACGCCUGAUAUUGUUCCGUGAGACGAUAGUAUCACUAAUGACUUAUAGAAUGGAGUAAAACCUUCCGCUCUCGUCAAUGCCAGUAAGAUAUUUUAGCGGAUGUACAUUUGUUUUGACGUACUACCGUAUUUGAGAAUCAAUUGACACAUUCAUACAUACUGGAAUCUAUGAUAACCUUAGAUAUUGUGGUAAGAUGUAUCCAUCUGUCUCCAAGCUUGGAGUUAUUUUAUUGCUUGAAUCAAUCAUGCUACAGGUACUGACGGUUUAUAUAAUGGAUUCCAGUAAGAAAUUGACGUUUAUCACUUGUUAAUUGCCAACAAACUGUAAUCAAUAACAUGUGUACAUUUGUUGAUUCCUUUUAAUUGUUUGUUGAUUUAUGAUAAUAUAUCAAAGACAUAAUUGUGUUAAAUUUUCUCCUAGUUACUGAAUGCGGUCUUUUGAAUUUAUUGCAUGAAUUGUUCUAUAAACCAAGAAAAAAACCCUCCAAAACAACAACAAAAAAUAACCAAACAAACAAACAAAAACUCCAAAACAAAACCGUCUGUUUGACAAAUUAGCGAUUUAUAGAUUUAAUAUUCCACCUUUCAAGCAACUUGUAUAAUAAUCAUAAAUACUCAUUUAUCUUUUAAAAGUGCGCACGUAACAAUACCAUACUGUUUGCAGACAAUACUGUUCAGGCGUGGAAAAUGUUUGCGAAUGACAAAUCAUCAGAUUAUUAUGCAAUCGUUUAUGAGGAUGAAUUUCAUUUGAGGUUAA